UAUCUCAGACAUGGCGGCCCCCAUGAAGCUGCAGUGUCUUGACGACUUUCCAUCACAUAUUAAUCCUCUACACGUACUUAUCAACAAAUCACACUUCACCCAGAAGUUUCCAGACUACACUGAAUCCACAUACGUGCUGUUAUUUUCGCUGACGGACCAGCAUUCCCCCUCAAAUCGGGGCUUUUUGGUGUGCGCGCACAUCACUCCAGAGGAAGAGAGCGAUGUAAACACUCACACGUGUCUCGCUGUGUACGCGAGCAGAUCUUUCUUAAAACACUACGGACUGAAGGAGCUUUCGCUGGGAACGGUUCGCCCACAGUCCCUGCUGCCUUUAAAGAGGAUUGUGCUCGGCGCUCGGACGAAGCAGAGCUUUAAAUGGGUUUGUUCAGAGCAGCUCUGCAGUGGUUUGCUAGUCCUGCUGUCCUGCCCCGGGAUGACUCUGUUGGCGAGGCAGGGGGACUCGCUCCUGCUCCCCUUCCAUCACUCACUGGGCGCUGCGCAUGCGCAGAUGUCAGACGUGCUGGUGCUCGAGUGCGCACCUGUGAGCCAGGGCAUGAUCACAGUGGACACGAGUGUGCUGGUGUCAGACUGCAGAGAUCUGGACCUGAACAACCCCUCCUCCGUCAUGAUCAGCUCCAGACUGGCAUCUUCCUCUCUCUGCGUGUCUGAUUUUGCUCAGUACGCCAACAGCUUGAGCUCUGCCAGCUCUCUGCUCAUCAACAAAGUCUUGGACUUCAGUGCUUUUUUACAGGCUCUUGAAUGCAGACUUGACAUCCGGGUGGUUGAUGUCCCAGAUCUCCAGAAACCAGGAGGAAUCGUGUCCAGACUGGAGCCGGAUGAAGGCUUGGACAUUGACAGCAGUGUGUUUGUGAGCAAGAGCUUGCUGCUGAAGCUGGGUGUGUUUAACGGGGAGUGGGUCAUUGUGUCCGUCCCAGCGGAUAAGGCCAGGAAGACUCCCGUGUCUGCGAGUCCGGUCCCAGGACAGGGGGAGAGCGCCUGUAAGAGGCAGGGACGGGUCCAUCUGGCCUCGGUCAGAGCCUUCGACACGCUUCCGGAUGGGAAUGACAGUGUGGGCUUGAUCUCAGCAGUUCACUGGUUUAACCUGUCGGGGGGGAUAGCAGUGCCUGUCGGGAAUAAGGCCAUCAAAAUUAAGAGGUGGAAUAAGGAGUCUCAGCACACAGAGCCUCAGACGUCUGCGAGCGCGUGUCGAUCGGCGGCGCCGGCGUUUGUUCGAGAGCUGCACAUUGAAGCGGUCAUAUCUCCUGACUACGCCUCGCACGGGCCCUUCGACACACUCCUCCACACACACUUCAGCUCACCCAGGCUUGUUCAGCAGGGGAAUAUACUGGGAAUCCCAUCGGAAGGACAUCCGGAUCUGAUCGAGAACAGCUCUGAAGGAAUCCUCAGCUGCAGGUGGCCAGUGCUGUAUUUCCGAGUAAAGCAGGUGUGCGGUUUUUCUGCUGAGGAGGACGAGGGUUCUUCAUAUCUGGCUGAUUCCAGUCACACUUCACUAUACAUGGGAGGCUCCGCCCACAGCCCGUGUCCCUGCUCUGUGCUGCCGAAGGGCUCGUCUCUCUGGAGGAGUCUCAAUCCCGCUGGCCUGUGCAGCGCCGUGGAGAAACUGCUCACCGUCAUCCAGCCGCACCUCAGCCAGAGCUCUCUUGCAUUAAACGGAGGCUGUUCAGUUCUCCUGACGGGUCCGAGCGGCUGUGGGAAAGUGACCGUGGUGAAAGCGGCUUGCAGGAGAUUACAUCUGCAUCUGAUUAAGGUGGACUGCGUGACUCUCUGCGCCGACACCGCCGCCGCGUGCGAGGCUAAGAUGAAGUCCGUCUUCGAGAGAGCUGCGCUCCAUCACCCGUGUGUUCUGCUGAUGAGAAACCUGCAUCUGCUCGGCCAACGGGACGGCAACGAGACCGACUCCAGGGUCGCGGCCUCGCUCUGCCGGCUCGUGGCAGACGCUCAUGCCAGUGUGGUUGUGGUGGGCUCUGUGAGCGGCCAGAGAGAGCUGUCCUCAGAUGUGAUGGCAGCGUUUGUGCACCAGGUGGCGAUCGAGAGCCUGAGCGAGGAGCAGCGCCGGGCCAUGCUGGCCAGCCUCAGUGACGACCUGCUGCUGGGAAAAGACGUCAAUCUGGGCAAGAUAGCCAAACACACAGCCGGUUUCGUUUUAGGAGAUCUUUGCGCUCUUCUCACCAACGCUGGGAAAGCCGCUCACAGAAGACUUCUGAAGACGUAUUUCCCAGAAGCGGCGAGUGACCAGGACGAGGAGGAUCUGUGUGUCUCUGGCGUGAGCGUCUCGUCCGAGGACUUCAGCUCGGCGCUGGACGUCCUGCAGGAGGCGCACUCACACGCCAUUGGAGCGCCUAAAAUCCCGUCGGUGAGAUGGCAGGACGUGGGUGGACUCCAGCAGGUGAAGAAGGAGAUCCUAGACACGAUCCAGCUCCCCCUGGACCACCCGGAGCUGCUCUCGCUGGGCCUGCGGCGCUCCGGCCUGCUGCUCUACGGGCCGCCCGGCACGGGCAAGACCCUGCUGGCUAAAGCCGUGGCCACCGAGUGCACCAUGACCUUCCUCAGUGUGAAGGGUCCUGAACUCAUCAACAUGUACGUGGGUCAGAGUGAAGAGAACAUUCGAGAGGUGUUCAGGAAGGCCAGGACAGCUGCUCCCUGCAUUAUCUUCUUCGAUGAGCUGGACUCUUUGGCUCCUAAUAGAGGCCACAGUGGAGACUCAGGAGGGGUGAUGGACAGGGUUGUGUCGCAGCUUCUAGCGGAGCUGGAUGGUCUUCACUCGUCUGGAGACGUCUUUGUGAUCGGAGCCACUAAUCGUCCAGAUCUCCUGGACCAAUCAUUGCUCAGGCCUGGCAGGUUUGAUAAGCUGGUGUAUGUUGGUGUGAAUGAAGACAGAGAGUCGCAGCUGCAGGUUCUGAAGGCAAUCUUACGCAAGUUUAAUGUGGAUCCCAGCGUGUGUCUGUCAGAUGUCGUGGAGUCCUGCCCUCCUCAGCUGACCGGAGCCGAUCUCUACGCGCUCUGCUCAGAUGCCAUGAUGUGCGCCAUCAAGAGGAAGAUUUCACUCAUCACUGAAGGUGUGGAUUCGGAGGCCGGCGCUCUGACUCUGUGUUCAGAGGACUUCAGACAGGCUCUGUCAGGCCUUCAGCCAUCCGUCUCUGAACAGCAGCUCAACAGAUACAAACUCAUCCAGCAGAAGUUCAACACCAAAUGACACUCAUUCCUCCAGUGGUCACUGCUGAACCGAAACGCUUUGUGUCCUAACCAGAGCUCACGUGUUAAGCUACUCUCAUUGGUGCAUUUAAUUGUACAUUAAACAUCAGAUGUGUUCUGA